AUCAAAAUGGCUGCCAUCUGACAGAUCUGACUCGUUUGUCAUCGCUCAAGUCUUGUACAUUUUCAGGGACCUCAGAACCAACUCAGCCUUGAUUCAUUGUUAUCGGUAGGGUGUAUAUCAAGGUUUACCUGGCAAACAUCACUCCCAGGUGUGAAUAUCACCAGAUAGGUGUUACAGUGCUCGCCUUGUUGACCAUGAUAAACAGCAAACCUCAACUGCAGUUUUUAACAGGAAUCCCAGACAGGCCACAAGAACACAGAGGAACAAGAUUAAUGGAUCAAGAUGGAAGUGUCGCAGGACUGUAAAAGAUACAUAUAACUGGUGUUAGGGAUUACCCCUGUUAUAUCUUCUGGUGAGGGUUCGCAGGGCACGGGUGGUCAAUGGGGGAUGCAAGGACUAUGUCUAGGCGGGUGUACACAGGGUCUGUGUCCACCGUGCACAGAGACAUCACCGACGAGCGAUACCGCGAGCUGAGACGACCAAGAAAGGUUCGCUUCUACGUCAACGGUGACCGCUACUUCAGGGGCAAGAAACUCUACAUCACUCCGCAUCGCUAUCUCAAUUUUAAUGACCUUCUCAGUGACCUGACCGGUAAACUUCCCUCCAAGGUUAAUCUUCCAUAUGGCGUUAGGCAAAUUUUUACACCUGUAGGUGGCCAUAGGGUGACAGACAUUGAACAGCUUGAAGAUGGUGGUGCUUAUGUAUGUGGUGGCUUUGAAUCCUUCAAAGCAGUUCGCUAUGGACAUGAAGAUCUGGAACAGUGGUCAGUGGGUCGCCCUCACAACCAUGACUUCCAUGAUUACUGGGACGGCCAAGGUGGAGGGUAUGGUGGCUAUGGAGGAUAUGGUGGGUAUGGAGGACGGGGUGGAGGCCGGGGUUACUACGGCCACAAUGGUUUCCGUCCUGGAAAACAGCUUCAUGGCUCCUAUCCAAGAAAAAACUAUCCUCCGGCAACAUUUGGGCAGCGAGAAUACCUCAUGCACUCAGAUGGAGCCAAUGUUAAACCGAAAGUCAUCACCAUUGUCAGAAAUGGGCCAAAGCCACGCAGUACGGUUAAGAUGCUACUUAACCGACGCAGUGUCCAGUCUUUUGAACAGCUCAUGGGAGAUAUUGCAGAGGCAUUUGGUCCAAAGUGGAAAAACGACAAAGUUCGUAAGUUGUACACAAUCAAAGGCCGAGCCGUUCAGAGUGUAUCUGAUUUCUUUAGGGAUGAUGAUGUGUUUAUAGGUGUGGGAAAUGAUAAACUAACCGAGGGUAAUGUGCAGGAUAUCAUAGCUGAGCUGUAUCCAGAUAAUCCUUAUGCACAAAACUUGCUCAAAGACUAUGACAAAAACAGGCGACGUAAUAAGUACACAAUCAAGGACCCUAAUGACGACAACAAGAAAGACAGCGGUCUCGGUGACGGCAGUGAUGGGAAUGGGGAUCCAUCAGAGAAUGAGUAUGUCAUUUACAAGGGAAGACCUCACUUCAGGGAUGGCCAUCGCAUGAAUCAGGAGAGAGGGCUAGCAGCCAAGGAUGAGCGCGAUCGUGCCCACAGGCGGCGGCAAAAGAUGCUGGAUGCAGAGAGGCGGGCCUUGGAAGAAGAAAAACGGAAACGUGGUCUCGUCGGAAAGAAAGACGACCCAUUCAAGAAAAUGAAAGAGCAGAAGCUGAGAGAGCAAAGAGAAAGAGAGGAUGCAAAACGACGUGAAGAAGAGGAGGAGCGAAGGAGGAGAGAGGCAGAGGAAGACGCUAGACGCAGAAGGGCUGAUGAGGACCGUGAUCGUGAACGAGACAGAGAAGACGCAGAACGUAGAGCUCGUGAGAGGCAGAAGGCAGCAGAAGAUGAUGAAAGGCACAGGAAGGCUGAUCAGGAUGCUAAAGAUCGUGCAGAGAGGGAAGCUAAAGAGCGAGAAGCAAGAGCCGCCCGAGAAAAGGCUGAUCGUGACCGGGAAAAGGCUGACCGUGACCGGGAAAAAGCUGACAGAGAUAGAGAGGCCAGAGAAAGGGAACAGAGGGAGAAAGAAGCACGGGAUAAGGCAGAACGAGACAGGAAAGCAGCAGAAAAUAAACCUAAAGAGAAAAAACCCCGAGAGAGGAAUAUUGGCACAGACGAUGAUGUGCUCAAAAAAUAUGAACAGGGCCGGACAUUAGGUGAUGGUAAUUUUGCUGUUGUGAAGCAGGCUAAGAUGAAGGCCACAGGGAAUGAUUAUGCCAUGAAAAUCAUUGAUAAAGCUAAACUGAAGGGUAAAGAACAAAUGGUUGACAAUGAAAUUGAAAUUAUGAAAGAAUGUGCGCAUCCAAACAUCGUCAAAUUGUAUGAAGAUUAUGAGAGCAAAGACAAAAUCUACCUCAUCAUGGAGUUGGUUAAGGGUGGAGACUUAUUUGAUGCAAUUACUCAGAGUGUGAAAUUUGGGGAGAGAGACUCAGCAAGUAUGGUGAAAGAUCUGUGUAGUGCUCUCUUUUACCUGCAUGCUCGGAAUAUUGUCCACCGAGAUCUGAAACCAGAAAAUCUGCUGGUAUGUCGCAACAAAGAUGGUUCCAUAUCGCUGAAAUUGGCCGAUUUUGGUUUAGCCAUGGAAGUUCAUGAGCCUAUCUUCACAGUGUGCGGGACACCGACGUAUGUGGCACCUGAGAUUCUCUCAGAAGUGGGUUAUGGUGUGGAAGUAGACAUGUGGGCUGUGGGUGUGAUAGCAUACAUUUUGCUGUGUGGAUUUCCCCCAUUCCGCAGUGCUGACAGGAACCAGACUGAACUGUUUGAGUUUAUCAAAGCCGGAGAGUUUGACUUCCUUAGUCCGUACUGGGAUAGCAUUUCAUCAACUGCGAAGGACCUUGUGGAGAAGCUGUUGGUUGUGAACAUCCAGCAGAGGUAUACGGCCAUAGAUGUGUUAUGUCAUCCGUGGGUCAUGGGCGGGGGAGAUCUGAGCAGCCUCAGUCAGGAUGAGCAGAAGAAAUUGCGAGAGAAAGGCCUGGAGCUACGAGAGGAGCUGAACCGAGAAGCCAACAUGGCCUGGGACAACUGGCAAAACCGGAGAUAGACAGUCACACAGCUUGUGUACUGUGAUCCUGCCCUGCUCAGUAUCCCUGCACAUGUGGACAGUAAAUUAUAGGCCGUGUAGCGUAUAUUAGAGGCUCUGACUCUGAAACUAUUUCUGCUUCACCUAAGUUGGUGGAUAUGUUACAGAGAGUGUUGAAUGAAACUGAGCAGGCCUGUAGCACAAGAAAUUAGGAACUGAUCACAAACAAAACCACAGAAUCAUGUUUACAUGGAGCACAUCCAUCCUCCGUUAGGAACCAGUUUCAUGUGGCUGCAUACGCAGAUUUAUUUAUUUAUUUUUUUAAUUGGGAUUCAGGGCUGGCUUACGAUGUUGCACAUACCCAAGAAAAAAUUCAGCUUUUUUGUUUAUAUAUAUGAAUUUGUUAGUACUCAUAUUUGUACAUGAUACAUUCCAGUCUUUGGCAUGGCAAUGUAAACAUGCUGUCAUGGUGCAGAAGUCUGUCACUUUUUGCAGGACAAGUUAGUUUCAGGAAGACUGCUACUAUCAACAUAUGAGACUUCCCAGCUUCCUCCAAAAUACAUAGUAUUACAAAUGCUGAAAUAGUUAUAUGUACGUUCACAGAAAAUAUGAAUUCAGUAUGAAGUCAUAUAUUAGGAUUGGCCAUUGGAAAUUAUUCAGACAUACGACUUAGGACUAGGUACGUAGGUUAUGCUUUGUAAGCUGAAUUAAAACUUUGACAGUUUGAGUCUCAGUCAGUACAUAGCUACAGCAUUAAACAAUAGCUUAUGAAACUAUGUGUACGCCUCACCCUCCUAUUAAUCGUUAGUUACAAGAAUACUGAAAAAGUGUAUAGUUACAGAGAAAGGUGUUAAGAUUGUAUGUCUUAUUAAUUCAUUUCUACCUUCUGCCUUCUAUAUGGCCUCUGCCCAUGACAGCCCAAGUGAUUUUGUAUGAUUAAAAGAAUUGACAACCAAUAAUAUAACUUUAGUUAGUAUAAUCUUAGGUUGGAAGGGGCCAUUUUGAUCUGAUGUGUUUGGUAAAUCAACGUUUAGUCUGGAAUUCUAAAAGGCAGUGUUUGCUUGACAUCAGCCAAACAGCUGCGUUUGCAGAUUUCAGAAAUAACUUGCGUCUGAUUGGUUUAACUUGAAAAAAUGCCAGCACUUUUGAUUGUCUCAGUGUAUGCAAUUUUGCUUACUUCAGAAUGCGAUAUCUCAUUUAUGCAACUUCUAAAAUAGAGAGGUAUACUUUUUAAACUCUAUGCGGUGUACUUUAUUGAUGCCUAUAUACAUUUGGUCUAGUGUUGUCUUUCUGCUUAACAAAAUUGUAUUUACCAGUGUAUGUUGUUGGGGUUCACAGCAACAUAGUCUUUGUUAGCAUUUUGACUGUAAGGUCAAUUUUGUUCUUUCCUGCCACUGUUAUACAGUAAAAACUGUGGACAUUUACAGUGUACAGUUGUUCUUGGGUGUGAUCAGUUUUUACACCUAUUGUUUAACUAAUCAUGUAGACAACUUUGAUUAUCCUGUAGAUCAGGUACCUAUUUGAAUUUUAUCAGAGUCUAUCAAGCAUAUCCACAGCCUACAGUCUCUUGAAAUUGAUCAGAUUUUAUAAUUUAUUUUCCUUAUUUCCUCUGUGAUAAAUAUGAAGAUGAACUUCAUGAGAUCAGCUAGUGCUCUAUGUUUCCCUGUGACAUCUAUCCUUUGUUUCACCUGAGCUUGACAAAUGUCCACUCCGAAGGUAUAUGUUAGCAGAAGAUGAAAGUGCUUUUGCUGCAACUUCUUAAGACAGAUGUACAUGUAUAUACUGUCAAGAGUGUUGGAUGUGAUGUCUAAGGGAAAUUGUAUGUAGUUUGUACAUAGGAAUAUAUUGCACUUUUGUAUAUCUCUAUAUAUGUUAAUUCUUAUUGAUGUAAAUAGAUUCUAAUGUAUUCUAACGGGGAAAAGAAAAAAAUAAAAGUGCCAAAUUAUAUUUGGACAUUAAACCUUCAACCAGGCCCCUAGGUGUAAUUGUAUUGUGACUUCUUAAAUCUAGUUGACAACAAUUUUCUAUCUUUUUUGUGAAAAGUAUUGUUUCAUAUUGUUGCCUGUGAUAUUUCAAUUGAUUUUUUUUUAUACUUGAAUUUUAUUGUACAUCUGAAGUGGCUACCUAUAGGUCAGUUUUUACCCUCCUGAGGUCAGAAAUAUUACUAACCAUCAAAUUUAAUUCAAAGACGUUAAAAUGGCCUUUUUCCAUUUUAACCAAAUACCGUGUGCAGAGGUAGUUAGUAGAGGAAAACAUUAGAAAGGGCAAUUCUUGUUAGUACUCCUCACCUGUGUUAUAUGUAUUUCUGUGCGUGUGUAGUCAAGCCUGUGAUAACAUGUGUUUUGUCUGAUGUUGUGAAUGUUAGGUUUUAACUCGUCAGUAUUAUCAGACUGUGAUAUUUGGGAAAGCCAUCAUUAGACCAUUCUCAUGCAGCACAUGGCACAAUAAUGUGAUAUGUCCAUGACAAUUUAAUAGAUUCUUAUAAGUUACUGUUAUUAAUCAAUGUUAUUCAACUGUCUAAUGUAUAUUUACAUUUUUUAUUUUAAAAAAUUGUAUUUAUAUUGUAACAUGUUAUUAUUUUGUCCUGGUAUACAUGUUGAUGGGGCUGUCACAUGGGUACUGUCCACAACCAGCUGAUGUUACUACAUGUACAUGUUAUAUUCAGCAGAACUUGCCAAUGUCUUGUGAACUAAUCUUAGUUUAGCUAUUUAUUGAAAAUCAUAGAUUCUGUAUGAACAACAUUCCAUUUAUUGUAUACCUUUAAAGCUGUUAAAACCAUAUAACAACUGAUUUACUGCAAAUAACCAAUGAAAACGUUGACAACAUACCCUGUUUAGAUGGUAAAAAAACAGGGAUGAAAUCAUGUAUCCUAGUUCAUGCUUGUCAUGUAUUACUUCUUUAACUGAUUAAAAUAGUGGAUGUAUCUUUUUUUAUGAUAUAGAGGUGAAUAUUCACAAUUAUUACAGAAUUAAGCAAUUUCCGUCCAUGAAAUAGAACUAAAUGUACCAUCUUCCUCUGUUCCCACCUUUGCUGUAUAAUCAGUGUGCUGAUUUGGAACUUUCUUAUCACCUCUGUUCUUUAACAUGCUGGGCAUUUCUUAAGCUGUCAUAGAAGAAAUACUCGAAAU